UCUGGGCUUGGGCUUUGGGGGAAGACGGGGAAACUUUGAAAUGAGGGAUUGUUGCUAGAACGAGAGCGGUAAACAUUUUUAUUUGAAUUCUCUCUCAAGGAAAAAUUAUUGGGUGCUAGGAGGUACCAGGCAUUGAUCGAUGAGGUGAGUAAACACAGAGAGAGAGAGAGAGAGAGAGAGAGAGAGAGGAAAGGGUUAGGAUUAGUUUUCUUUUUUCUUCUCAAUCUUCAAAAACCCUUGGCAGUUGCCCUAGUUCUUCUUCGAUUCAAUCAAUCCCCAAUUCAAUUAUUAUGUGGUAGGCAUUGUUACCCACCUAUCAUGGUAUGUACGUAUCAUCUGUAUAUAGAAGACAGAAAUAGAUAAGCAAACAAACAUAAAAGAAAGAAAGAAAGUAAGAAAAGAAGUGGGAAAAAUGGUGGAAGAAGGAUCGGCAUCGUUGCGGAGAAUUGGGGAAUUGAUAAGGAAGGAGGUGCCAGAUUGGGACGAUGAGGUGAUGGUGACUGCAAGAUUCAAGGCGUUUAGCGGACAGAGGUCGGAUUGGGAGCCCAAAUAUGUUUUCUGGAGAGACUUGAUCCUUAAGCUCUCCACCCACCUUGGUGUCUUCCUCUUUCAUCCUUCCGAGGUAAAAAACCUUUGGUUCAAUCGAGGAGGCUUGACCCCUUUAUGCAUUGACCACGUCCUGCUUGAAAUGUAUAAUGCUGGUGAUAUUUUACGAAGAGGGGAUCUUGUCGAUCCAACAAGUGGACGGCUCUCACAAAUUUUGAGAAGAGUAGUGCAUCUGGUGGGUUUAUCUAGAGCAUCAACUCAGGUGGAUAUCAUGGAAGACCAUCUCAUUCUCUUGCCAGUAUUGAAGGAUAAAGCUGCUGAAGUUGUCAAAUCUAUAUCUGAAAGUCAUUGGACUUCUUCAUGCAUCAUUACAAUGAGGAAGUUCCAGGACAUCUGUGGAGGAUCCAAGGAAGCAUCUGCCAUUUUGAGUUACUUGUCAGGAUGCAGGAAAGUGCAGUACCUUGCAAUCAAUAAGGGGGAAUUCAUGGAGGGUGUCAAAGUCUCUCUCUUGCCAGAAGCAGUUUCAAGUAUCACAAGUCUGGAUUGUGAUGUUUUGCAUUUGAUUUCAACAGCAGAAAAACUUCAGCAACAACUUCAUGUGAUUAAUCAACGUUGGGAAAUGUAUAGAAAGUUAGCUUUAGCUUCUCUGCAAUCUGGGAACAAAAAAGUGGCUCUGAAGCAUGCAAGGGAAUUAAAAUUAUCCUCUGAAAGUAGAGAAAAAUGUACUACACUUCUCAACAGAGUGGAGGAAGUCCUCAGAGUCAUUGCGGAUGCCGAAUCCUCAAAAAAGGUUUCUGAAGCCAUCCAGAUUGGUGCACGGGCAAUGAAGGAUAACAGGAUCAAUGUAGAAGAAGUUCAGCUCUGUUUAGAAGAACUUGAGGACGCCAUUGAUUCACAGAAGCAAGUUGAAAAUGUUCUAGAAUCAACUUCAUCAUACACAGGGAUUGAGGAUGAAGAUGUUGAAGAUGAGUUCAAGAAACUGGAGCUGGAGUUGGAAGUUGGAAGCGAUUCCUCCCAAGUUUGCAUCUCCGAAGUUGGGGUGAAGAGUGUGAGGGAAGAAAUGGAGGAUCAAAAAAUUGCGGAAUCGAUAAGUGAUGCUUUAUCAAAUCUUAACCUUGUGGAUGUUGCACCCAUGGUAUCAAUAACUCGGCAGGAUUCUACGGACUCAACAAGAAACAACUUAUCAAAAACUCCCAAGCUUGAAGCUGCAUAGUUUGAGCUUUUCUCAUUCUGUAAAAACUUAUAAUCAGAUUCACCCUGUAAUUUACUUACAGCUUGACUUUUAGAAGAACAAAAAAAAUUAAAACUUUUUCCAAAAUGUUGUUAAGACCCCAAGGAAACAUUUGUAAUUCAAAUGUACUUCUGUAAAUAUUAGAUUUACACUCAUUUGUAAAAUGCAAAAAAUGUGUGCAGAACAUUAGUUUUUGAUUUAUAUAACUUGCAUUUGUGGCCACUAUAAACAUA